GGACUAUUGAAUAAUUACUCAUCCGUGAGAAAAAAGAAAAAGAAUAAUUACUCAUAAAAUGACCCAACUAGAAUAACCAAUUAGAGUCAGGCGCCUGUAUUUCCCUAUUUCUUCUGAUUUCGCCUUGUGUCAAGCGCGCCAUCCCUGGCUUCAAAUUGUGAGAAACAAAUAUUCCACGAAAGAGAGGAGCUUUUGCCUGUUAUUGCUCAAUGCUUUUCAGAAGAGAAAUGAAGGCGGCGUUGAGAGCUUACGGGGAAGUGCUUCGGCUGGUGAACCGACUACCCAAGGACACCAGGCCUUACUACGCCAAGUAUGCCCGAGAGAACUUCGUCAAUUACAGAGAGGUCGAUCCCAACGACUCUGAUUCCCUCCGCGAACUCUUGAAUCGGACUUAUACCCAUUCCCUCUGGGUCCUCAACAAGUAUUCGGUGGAUGAAGAGGCUGCGGAUAAGCUGAAGCAGAUAUGUUGCGGUUGAUCGGUGUGUGUGGGCACCAAGUGUUUGAUGUUAUUCCUCAAAGAGACUGAUUAUGCACUGGGUAAAAAUCAGAUGAGGUGACAGAGUUAGAGAACACUUCAUGGGAUCAAAACACAAUUGCAUUGAUGCUUUGUUCAUCCAUGAUACCAAAUGGACCCGUUUGUCUGGCGGGAUUAAUAGCGAAAUGAUAUGCAAUUUUAUAGGAAAUAGAAUCUCAUUGGAUUAAUAAAGGUGAGACUGAUAAUAGCACCCCCUGAUAUUGUAUGCUUUACAUUAUGCAGGAUUAUUAUAUAUCUUGUGUACUCAUAUAAUAAUAUGGUCCACGAUAAUUUUAAGUUAAUAGUAGUGGUCAAUUUGUGAUCAAUGUAUAAUUGAAUUCAAUGCUCGUA